AAAUAUUCUCAGUUGUCAGAUUGGCAGAUAUAAACUUGAAACGGAAUUCUGACUUUUCCAACAAUUAAGGUAACGUCUCACAAUUCUGACUUUUUUUUCCCCGGAACUGUGAGACAUAAACCCAGAAAAUAAAUAAACCCCUUUAAUAUUGCAUAAUUGUGAGGGGGAGAGGAAAAGGAACAAAAUUAAAAAGUUGCAAUUACCGUUUUUUUAUUUUCCCAUGGCAGAAGCAAGCUUCCACAGCAGACACAUAUAGACUGAAUGCGUCUCAGUGAGAGAAUGACCUUUCUAGCUGCAUCAAUGCUACUUGCGUUUGGCAUGCACCGCUGCAUUUUCACAGUCCACUCCAGCACUGACCAGCUUGUGAGCCGCGCUUCGUCCCAGCAAAAAAAAUUUGCCCAGUUCUCCCCAUGGAACCUCCCUAUUUUUAAGCAGCCUACUUCUUAUAAUAAACCUCUCUUAGGUCCGUGACGCACCAGAAGUUUUGCACAGAAUCCACAUAACAACUUUCUUGCUUUAAAGUUGCGAUUUUUCCAGCUGAGGUACAAAGCAGCUAAGGAGAACGUUGGACCCUGCUUAGAGUUUUGAGGGAACGGUUUCUUUGUGGCUUUAGGUUUCGCAUUGAGCUAAAAGCUUUGUGUCUGGUUGGUGUCGGCUUUUCCAACUCUACUUUUGUCUUCGCGUCUUCAACCUGGACACUUGAGGAUCUUCUAACUCCUGCACAAUUAUAUGGAUCGGAUUGAGUAACUGGCGCUGACCUGGCUUAGAUUUCCAGUGGGACGCUUUCUAUUUUCUCACUCUCUCUCUGUUCCUGCUCCACUCUUUCAUUCUAUUCUCUCUCUUCGCAUCUGAAGCAGCUGCAACUUUGUCUCUCGUCUGCAGCUGAAGGCAUCUGGUCUACGCUUCUGGAUGUAGACUCCUUUUUAACGGUAAACUCCCCAAAGGCAACCCGGCACGGAGAUGGGGGCGACCUUGCCAAAGCUGACUCGGUGAUGACGUGACCCGAAGUUUCCGUCUUCGUCCAUGCAACGUCAUCGCUCCUCAAGUUGGCGCUAAUAAGCAUAUCCUCAUCUGGAUACCGGAGAUAAUGGCUUUUCCGAUUAUCCUCUUCUACUCGCUGAAUGGUUAUUCCAGCUUUAUGGAGACUGCUACGCUAGGAAAAUCUCGUUGCUUCGUUUGAGACGUAUCUUAAUUUAAAGGAGAGAUGGGGCGCGACAGGGGUUUCUCCAGGCGUUUUCGUGCUUCUCUCAGCAGGCUCGAGGGUAUGUUCACACGCCUGAACAGUUUCUCCUCUGUGACUCCGUCUGCUGUGCGUGUGCCAUGUUUGUCAGGAUCUUCAUCCCUAAGAAGCACAGGCAGCGCUUUGAUGAGAUGGUCUCCCAGAGUUUGAUCAGUCGCUUGAGGGGCCGAAGCUUCAGCGAGCACAGGAACAAUCGGCUACGGCGCAGCCGGAGUGAAGACCACCCCGAACGGCUGCUAUCCGUGUCCACUCGAGCCAGCUCUGUGCCCCGGACCGCCAACGAGGAAGUGGUCAUGCCUCCUGCCCGUGGUCUCCGCAAGACCACCUCUCUCAUCGCAAGCCAUUCCAGCUCCUUCUCUACUCGCAGGACAGUUCGGGUGUACAAAGGGAACCAAAGUUUUGGGUUUACUCUUCGUGGCCAUGCUCCAGUCUGGAUAGACUCUGUAAUACCAGGCAGCCCUGCUGAGAAGGCGGGUCUCAAGCCUGGAGAUCGCAUCCUGUUUCUCAAUGGUUUGGACAUGAGGAGCUGUUCACAUGAGAAGGUGGUGUCUAUGCUACAGGGGAGUGGAGCAAUGCCAAGCCUGGUGGUUGAAGAUGGCCCGCCGGCCUUCACCAUGACCGAACCUGAACAGGUGGAUGUUUCUCCACGCUCCCGUGCUCCCGUGCUUAGCUCCCUUCAGUGGGUUGCCGAGAUCUUGCCUCCCAGUAUCCGUGUACAGGGUCGCACCUUCAGCCAGCAGCUUGAGCAUCUUCUCACACUCCAAGAGAGAUACACCAUCUGCAAGGCACUGGAGGCCUUCUUCCAGCACAGAAAUGUAGACACUUUGAUUGUGGACGUCUUCCCUGUGUUGGAUACCCCAGCAAAACAGGUGAUUUGGCAGUUCAUUUACCAGCUGCUGACCUACGAGGAGCAAGAACACUGCCAGAACAAGAUCUCCAGAUUCCUUGGCUAUAAAGUUACACCAGAACCCGAACCUCCAGCCCAUGAGCCUCAUAGGCGCAGCAGCUCCAUGAAGGUGACCGGAACCACCUACAGGAGCAGCGUGAGGGGACGCAGUUCAGAUGACCUGGUUAUUGGCACUCACUUAGGCAUGGGUAUUUGCACUGAACCAGUGGAGGUGGCACCUAUGAGACUGACUCCUGGAGAGAGACAAUCAGGAGAUGGAACAUCUUUACCAGAGACUCCCAACAAUCUGACUAAUCUGUCAGCUGUGUAUGCUGAGCUGGAGAAUGUCUAUGCUGGGAAGCGAUCCAAAUCUCUUAAGAGUCGGCCCCCUCCAGCUCCUGAAACUCUGGUUAACAUAGAUGUCUUCCCGCAUGCUUCUUCACAGUCCAUCAGGGCACACUCUUCCUCUCCAUCUGUUCGGGCCACUUCAGGUAGCCGAAAAUCUACAUCAGCACAGCCCGUUCCGCCACCUCCACCACCACCACCACCUCCUCCACAGCCUGACUCUUGGAUGCAGGAGCCUCCACUGAGUCCCCAGUGCCCUUGCUACCCUCCAGGUCUUCCCUCUCAAACCAGUGCCGAGUCCAACCCAUAUAUCAGUUUAGAUAGCCCACCUCUCUCUCCACCCUCUCCUCCGGACUACCCCCCUAGUCCACCCAUUCGGAAGAAGCGAUACACCUUCUCACGUCCACCUCGUACCGCUGACACAGAUUUGUUUAUGGAGGCUCUAAGUGAGCAGCUGGGACAGCAGUUAUCUGUGGAUGACUUCCUGUCGCCAGAGAAUGACUAUGAAGAGGACAUUGUCCAGAUGACUUUCCAGAAUGAGGAAGAGGAGGUAGAGGAGGAGGAGGAAGAGGAAGAAGAAGAGGAGGAGGAGGAGGAGGAGGAAGAGGGUCCGUACAUGCCUCCCGAGCUAAGCAGCCCAAGCGAAGUACAUAGUAGCAGUGAGGAUGCCAGCUCUCUUACCUACUCCUCCAGCUCAGAGCACAUUCCUCCACCCCCACUGACUCCUCCUCCCCCUCCCCCCGUCCAGUUUAAUGACCCCCCUCCACCUGCUGGAUUCACUCCUGACCAUGCACCCCGACAGCUGACCUUCCGUCGACACCCUGGACCUCCUCCGCCACCUCCGCCAAGAGCUAACCCACCUCCAAAACGACAAUCCAUUCACAAAGUGUUGCCCACACGUGAAGAGCUGAUGACACAGCACCAGGUCCUUCAGGAGCACCACUCGCUUCCAGUUCAGCCAACAGCCAGCCACCCUCAGCAAUCCCUGCAACAAAUGCAUCAGUCUCUGCCCCCUAUGCCCUCUCCAGAAAUAGACCAAUCACCCAUCCCCAGUCAUGCAAUCUACGAGAUGCAUCACCAGUCUCAUCCAGCUCAUCAGGUUCACCAACACCACCAGGUGCAACAGGACCACCAGAUGCAUCCAAUCCAUCAAAAUAAACCAAGUCACCAAUCUCAGUCUAUUAAAGUGCACCAAAGCCACCACUCACACCAGACUAUUCAGACUCAACUAUCUAGCUCCAUGGAUAGGCUUGAUAGGAUUGAAAGAAAGGAACGCUCAGAUAGGCAUAUCUAUGACAUGCAGCCCCAGCCCUUGUAUCCAGAUCAACAAGUACACCAUGCUUAUCAGAUGCAUCAGAGUCAUCAGGCUCACCUCUCAAGCUCCAUGGAUAGACUUGACAGAUUGGAGCAGAUCCAGCGUUUGGAACGCUUAGACCGCAUGGAGCGAAUUGAAAGACUGGAGAGGGUGGAUAGACAAAUGCACCGUGCACAUGUGGCUCAAGCAGUUUCUCAAGCUGUUCAACCAUCUCCCCAGGCUCAGCAACAGUACCACCACCAGAUGCAUCAAGCUCCUUUGCCCACCCGCCACAUUCACCAGAUUGAACACAUACACCAGGUUCAGCCAAUCCAGACAGCUCCUCAGUACCACCAGAUCCACCAGCCCCACCAACCUCACCAGACCCAACAGAUUCUGUCAACCUUCCAGCCUCAUCCUUCACAACAGCAGCAACAGCAGCUUCAGCAGAUGCAGCAGCAACAGCAACUUCAGCAGCAGCAACAACUUCAACAGCAGCUUCAGCAGCAGCAGCAACUUCAGCAGCAGCAAGCUCAGCAGAUUCAGCAACAGAUUCAGCAGCAGCAAGCUCAGCAGAUUCAGCAGCAGAUUCAGCAGCAACAAGCCCAGCAGAUACAGCAGCAGAUUCAGCAGCAGCAACAGCACCGCUCAACCCCUCAGAUUCCCCCCAUUACACAGGCCAGACAGAGCCCACAACCCAUGUACCACGAACAUCGUCACCACCAUCACCAUCACAGCCACCAGGCCCAGUCCCAAAUGCAACCACCAAGUACACCCCAACCUCAGCCUCACCACCCCACUGAUGGGCCUACUGUGGAGCCACCUCCUCCUCCACCUUUACCACCACCUUGCAUGCCUCCUCCACUCCCAAAGGCCUCACCACAACAAUCUGACUCCAGUCAUAUGAGUGUAAAGCGGCUACGAUGGGAACAAGUGGAAAAUUCUGAGGGUACCAUUUGGGGACAGUUGGAAGAAGAUUCUGAUUAUGACAAGCUGAGUGACAUGGUGAAAUACCUGGACUUGGAGCUUCAUUUUGGGACCCAAAAGAGCCCUGUUUCACUUCCAGAGCCCUCACCUCAAGUUGAGAGUUUCAAGAAGAAAGAUGUGGUGGAGAUUCUCUCCCAUAAGAAAGCCUACAAUGCUUCAAUCUUAAUUGCCCAUCUGAAGCUGUCGCCAAGGGAGCUACGCCAGGUGCUGAUGACACUGUCGAGUGAACGUUUAGACUCAUCACAUAUUAAACAAUUGCUCCUGUACGCACCAGACGAUGAUGAGGUUAGACAAUACGAGCAGUACAGAGACGACCCCAGCAAACUCAGUGAGCCCGAUCAGUUUGUCCUACAGAUGUUAUCAGUGCCAGAGUAUAAGACCCGCUUGAAAAGCCUGCAUUUUAAGACUACGUUGCAAGAGAAAACUGAGGAGAUGAGGGGGGCCUACGACUGUGUUUUUAAGGCUUCACUGGAGCUCAAAAAUAGCAAAAAACUGGCCAAGAUUCUGGAGUUUGUACUGGCUAUGGGGAAUUAUCUGAAUAAUGGCCAACCCAAGACCAAUAAAACGACCGGAUUUAAGAUCAACUUUCUCACUGAACUCAGUACCACCAAAACAGUAGAUGGAAAGUCAACAUUUCUGCAUAUCCUGGUGAAAUCAUUGUGCCAGCACUUUCCAGAGGUUCUGGACUUUGGGAAGGAGCUUGAGAUGGUGCCACAAGCAGCCAAAGUGAAUCAAAGAAACAUCACUUCUGACUUCAAUGACUUGCAUGCCACAAUCCAGGACAUUCGUUUAGCCUGCCAGAAGAUGCCAGCCACCGCUGAGGAUAGAUUUGCCAUCGUUAUGAGUGGGUUUCUGGAAAACAGUCACCCUGCGGUGCAGUCUCUGGAGUCUCUGCAGCAGCGGGCGAUGGAAGAGUUCUGCAAAGUGGCGUCGUUCUUCGGCGAGGAUGGAAAGGCCACCACCACAGAGAGUUUCUUCGGCAUCUUUGCAGAGUUCAUGGCUAAGUUUGAGAGGGCUUUGAGUGAUAUCCAGACCACAGAAAACCCUCCACGCAGCCCCAGAAGCCCUCGCACGACCUCUCCUGUAGCCUGGUGAAGAACCCACCCAGCAUACUCGUACAGUACAUACACAUUCACUUACAUACUGUUCACUCCGAUACCUGUCCAGUCUAAAUUUAGAAAUAGCCUUACGGUAAUUCAAGGACGUGUGUACAGUAGCAAACUAAUGCACCAGGGUCCUGGCAAGUUAUGAAGCUGAACUCUCAGGCACGGACUGGACAGCAAAGCUUCAGAGCGAAAGGUGCAGGAAUUGAUUCAAAACAUUAGACCGGACUCGGUCCAGGACAUUCUUUACAGGACGGACUGUGGCACUUAAAACCAGACACGGGGUCAAAAGCUGAGGUAGUGCAUUCUGUAAAUCGCAAGUGCAGUUAGAUAAGAUAUUUAAUGUAAUUAGGGCUGUGAGUGUCAGAUUUUUUUUGACCGACUUGAUAUUUGAAUAAAGCUGUUGUUUAGGAGAAGUGCUUUAACGGUGUGUCUUAAUUCUGCUUAACUGUAUUUAAACGACCUGGGUCGGCGCUGUCGGCUGGUCACUGUACUGCAAACAGGUAUUUUGAUGAGUUCAUGUCUUAAAUGAUAAAAAGUCAUUCCUCAUACGCAGAAUGUUUAAGUGCAAUAUAUUAUAAAUUAUGAAGAUUUCUAUUUUAAAAAAAAAACUGCAUAGAUAGAGAGAUAUUAUUGUACGAGAGAUGCAGUUCUUAUAUUAUUGCUUCAAUAGCUGCGAAAAACAACGAUGAGCUAGAUUAUGACUUCGCUGUAUGCAUUUGGUAUUUUUAAAAAUUAACUUUUAAUUAACAUUUAAGUUUCGCGCUGCUUUUAAUUCUUUAUUACCGUAGCGAAUCAUGUAAUACAUGUCUCGUUCUGUUCAUUGCACUUAUAAUGAAUGUUUAAAGGAUUAUAUGGAACUUUCCGUAUGAUUUGUUUAAAACUAUUUGAAUGUAAAAUUGUUACAAAAAAAAAGUGUUGACUGUUUUUCCAGUUGUAAAAAUCUUAUAUUUAUAUAGUGAUAUCCAUUAUGUCGACAUGUUUUUUUAAUCACCACCGAAUGUAAGGAACCAGGGGCUUGUAAUAUGAAAACAGAACGUGUAUUUAUGAUUAUAGCACAUUUCAUAGCUGUGAGGUUGUUGUUGUUGUUGUUGUUAUUAUUUAUAUUAAUUUAUGGGUAAUUAUUUCAAUGGCAGUUUCACUCGUUAUUUGAAUUGUUUCAUUUUUAGCACAUAUUUCACAAUGUUAAUAGCUACUUUCAUGCUCUCAUCAUGAAUAGGAUGGUGGCCCAAAGAAAAAAAUGAAACGACUUGAACUUAAAAGUGCCAUACAAGACGAAUUAAUGUCUGGCGGUGAUAUUGCAAAUGCAAAAAAAUACACAAACUCCUAAAGUGACGAACCCUCACAGGACGGCGCGGGACUUUUACCGUUGUUCGUUUAUUUGAGAAAUGCCGUUGUUUACAUCAGAGUUUGUUUUUCUUUCUUUUGUAAUGCAUCACGUAUAAUAAAUGUUGCUGCUUCUACUGAG